CUUGUAUCACACGAUUUAUUCAUCGUCCACACUGGAGUGUCAGCGAGAGAGCCGAGCGACCUCCCAACGAAGUUUCCGGCCACUGCCUUGGUUUCAGAGAACUCGAUCUCUCACUCCAGAAUUUUCUUUUCGAGCUUUGUCCUCUGCUCUACUCUUGAUUGUUUACUCUGAUUUUCUUAAGUCUAUCAUCUCUAACGCCCGAAAAUGCCUCUCAGGCUUGACAUCAAGAGAAAAUUUAUACAAAGAACUGAAAGAGUAAAAUCAGUGGAUUUGCAUCCAACUGAACCAUGGCUUCUUGCAAGUUUGUAUUCGGGAACUGUGUACAUUUGGAACUACCAAUCACAGACCAUGGUAACAUCUUUUGAAGUCUCUGAACUUCCAGUUAGGUCAGCUAAAUUUAUAGCACGCAAGCAGUGGAUAGUAGCUGGAGCUGAUGACAUGUCUAUCCGUGUAUACAAUUACAAUACAAUGGACAAGGUUAAACUUUUUGAAGCACACACAGACUAUAUUAGAUGCGUGGCUGUCCAUCCAACACUUCCAUAUGUUCUGUCAUCAUCUGAUGACAUGCUUAUUAAACUCUGGGAUUGGGAGAAAGGUUGGUUGUGCACUCAAAUAUUUGAGGGGCAUUCUCACUAUGUAAUGCAAAUUACGUUUAAUCCUAAAGACACCAACACAUUUGCGAGUGCCUCCCUAGAUCGCACAAUUAAGGUCUGGAAUCUUGGUUCACCUGACCCAAAUUUUACCUUGGAAGGCCACUUGAAAGGAGUAAAUUGUGUUGAUUACUUUACUGGUGGUGAUAAGCCAUACCUAAUUAGUGGCUCUGAUGAUCAAACUGCCAAGGUAUGGGACUAUCAAACCAAAAGUUGUGUUCAGACACUUGAAGGACACACUCAUAAUAUUUCUGCAGUCUGUUUCCAUCCUGAACUUCCAAUAAUAAUGACUGGUUCUGAGGAUGGAACAGUUCGAAUAUGGCAUGCAACCACUUACAGGCUUGAGAACACGUUGAAUUAUGGGCUUGAACGAGUUUGGGCUAUUGGUUAUAUGAAAGGCUCACGGCGGAUUGUAUUUGGAUACGAUGAGGGAGCCAUCAUGGUUAAAAUUGGUCGAGAAGAACCAGUUGCCAGCAUGGACAAUGGGGGGAAAAUAAUUUGGGCGAAGCAUAAUGAAGUUCAAAUUGUGAAUAUCAAAAGUGUUGGGAAUACAGAGGUCGCAGAUGGAGAACGAUUGCCUUUGGCCGUCAAGGAAUUGGGAACAUGUGAUCUUUAUCCUCAAAGCUUAAAACACAAUCCCAAUGGGAGGUUUGUUGUUGUUUGUGGAGAUGGCGAGUACAUUAUAUAUACAGCCUUAGCUUGGAGAAAUAGAUCCUUUGGCUCAGCACUGGAAUUUGCCUGGUCAUCAGAUGGAGAAUACGCAGUUAGAGAAAGUACAACAAGGAUCAAAUUAUUUAACAAGACAUUCCAGGAGAAGAAAAAUAUUCGACCUACAUUCUUAUGUGAGCACAUGUACGGAGGGACAUUAUUAGCAAUGUGCUCAAAUGAUUUCAUCUGUUUUUAUGACUGGGCUGAAUGCAGAUUAAUUAGGCGGAUCGAUGUUAAUGUGAAAAAUGUUUAUUGGGCGGAUAGUGGUGAUUUGGUGGCAAUAGCUAGUGAGUCAUCAUUCUACAUACUAAAAUACAAUCGUGAUGUUGUAUCAUCAUAUUUUGACGGUGGAAGUUCAGUUGAUGAACAAGGUGUCGAGGAUGCUUUUGAGCUGCUCUUUGAAAUAAAUGAGCGUGCCAGAACAGGAAUUUGGGUUGGUGAUUGUUUCAUCUAUACUAACACUUCUUGGCGUCUUAAUUACUGUGUUGGCGGAGAGGUGACAACUAUGUGCCACCUGGACCGACCUAUGUACUUGUUGGGAUAUCUGGCCAAUCAAAGUCGGGUUUAUCUUAUUGAUAAAGACUUCAAUGUCAUGGGAUACACUUUACUUCUCAGCUUGAUUGAAUACAAAACUCUUGUGAUGCGUGGAGAUCUAGAUCAUGCAAAUCAAAUUUUACCAACCAUUCCUCCAGAACAUCACAAUAGUGUUGCUCGUUUUUUGGAAUCUCGAGGAAUGUUGGAAGAUGCGCUAGAAGUGGCUACAGAUCCUGAUUACAAAUUUGAUCUGGCCAUACAGCUGGGAAGACUUGAGAUUGCAAAGGAAAUUGCUACCAAAGCCCAAAGUGAAUCAAAGUGGAAGCAGCUGGGAGAAUUAGCUAUGUCCAUUGGGCAGUUUGAAUUGGCUGAAAAUUGUCUAUUGCAUGGAAUGGACUUAAGUGGGUUGUUGCUUCUCUACUCUUCUAUUGGAGAUGCUCAAGGUAUACUAAAACUUGUAUCCCUUGCCAAAGAGCAAGGAAAGAAUAAUGUGGCAUUCCUUUGUUUAUUCAUGCUGGGAAAAUUAGAAGAGUGCAUCCAACUGCUGAUUGACAGUAACCGAAUACCUGAAGCAGCUUUAAUGGCACGAUCUUACCUUCCAAGCAAGGUGUCAGAGAUAGUUGCAAUUUGGAGAGAUGACCUAAAGAAGGUCAGUAAGAAAGCUGCUGAGUCAUUAGCUGAUCCUGACGAAUACCCUAAUUUGUUUGACGACUGGGAUGUUUCUCUUUCCCUUGAAGCAGAAAGUGGAAAAAACAGGUGCAAUUAUCCUCCUGCUGAACUGUACCCAAUCUAUGCUCAGAAAUCAACCACCACCCUUCUUGAGAAGUUUAAGAGCAUGCAAAUUGAUGAAAACGAUGAUCCGACUGAAAAUGGACAGCAUGAUCAUGAGGAGACUCUGGGGAACGAGGAAAAUCAUGGACAAGAAGCUGUGGUUGAAGAGGAUGCUAGUUCCACAAAUGGUAUUGUUAUUUUAGAUAGUAAGGAGGAUGAAGAAGAAUUGGGAGCAAAGGAUGAGACCAGUUCACCACAAAAAUUGGAAGUUAAAGACGAGAGCACUUCAGCAGAUGAAUUGGAAGCAAAGGAUGAGAACACUUCACCAUCCUAAGGUGAUGCUUUGCUGAAAGUAUGAAGGAUACAUUACCAGUUCCACAGGACAAGCUAGGCCCAGCUGUUAUACGCAUAUCUUCUGAGUUGACUCGUAACAUCUUUUUUUGCACACCAGUGAAAGCUUCUCAUAUUUCCUUAUAUUGCAGUAGUUUUCGCGGGACCCUAUACGCUUUUACAGAUGAGAAAAAAAAGGUUGUCUGGAGUAUACUUCUAUAAAAAGUGUGUCAAUAAAUCCUAAAAGGAUUACUUUUUUUAGUCAGACUCCCAUUUCACCACUCUUCAUGUCAUACACCUUAUAUUAGUUUGGCAUAUAAAGAGUCGAGAAAAGAGACCUUCGAAGGUACCACUGAUGCUUCCGGUAGUCUGUUGAUUUUGUAGGUAAACAAAAUCUCAAUAACUUGUACGAUAUUACUUUACCGUUGGAAUUAGAAACUUUUUUAAUGUUAUAUACAAUUUCAUAUAAUAUCCAUAGCUAGGAUUAGGGAUAUAAAUAUAUAUAUUUGGGUUUGUUAGAAUGACAACCAGUUCAUCCCGCAUUAUACAUCUAUGCCUUUAUUUUCUACC